CUCUUCUUCUUCUCGCUGCAGCUCCCGAAAUCCCCCCUCCAAGCCGCCGGCACCAGCUUUGAAAAAUUGGUGAGAAAGCUUGGAAUUUCUCCUUCUUUCUUGUCCAAGAACCUGACUUGGAACCCAGAAAUCUUUCCCCUUUGCUGGAAAUUCCAGAUCUGCCUUGCUCUGCUUGUCUUCACCGCCGGCUGCUAGUGGGUAUGGGUGAUUUCUGGGCAUUUUUUCGUUCCCGUGAGCUUCCCCUGCACUUGCUGCCGGCUUCUCUCCCCCUACAGCUCCGGUUUCUACAGCUGGAGAAUUAUGGAAAUGGGGAAAUUCCGGUAGCGAUUAAGUAAGAUUUAUGUGAUUGAGUGUUAGUUGGUUGUUGUGAUUUUUGGAGAAAAUCCCGUGAGAUUAGGUAGUGUUUUGGCCAAUUUGUGGAAGUGGAGUUACUGUUCACGUUGGGUACUGUUCACCGACACUGUUCACACACCGAGGGCCAACAAUUAACGGGGAUUUAAAUGAUUAGUUUAUGAUAUAAGAAUGAAUUUGGAGAUAUUUGAUUAUGUGGAGAUGGAUAGGAAUUAGUAUCGUGAUUAAGGAGUCUUAAUGAUGAUUUCAGCUUGAAUUUAUGAUGGUGCGAUAAUUAAUUAUUAGGUAUCUUGAUUAGGUUCUUGAUCGUUUUGUCAGUUAGCAUUAAGAUUGAGUGCUCGGUUUUAUGCGAGUGAGUGGGGGUUAAACGCUAGCACAUGUCGGCACAUGUCGAUAUGUUCCUAUUAGAACCGGUUCGUUCCUGUAACCCUGCUAGUGGGGGUUAUACACUAGUAAUUCCUGUUGCUUGCUAGUGGGAGGUUUAAACACUGGCCAUGACCUAUAGAGGAGACGUCUAUUUCUUUCCCGUACUGUAUCCGUUUUCGUGAUUGCACUUGUUGGCAUGCUAUAAGUUUAAUAAGGGGCAUUUCAUAUUUUGCUUACUGAGUUUAUCUCAUAGUUUUUCCUUGUCCACCAUUUCAAGAAGCGAAACUAAGGACGGGGAAACCACGGGAAGUGACGAGUUAGAAAGCUAACCAUUUCGAGAUUGAUAGAGAUUUUAGAAAUAAAUCAUGAUCUUGUAA